UUUUUCCAAUGAUUGUAUAAAAUCAAACACAGGUCCUUUGUUAUGUAUACCAAACAGAAAAUAUUUACAAUUUGUUAAGUUUACGCUAAAAUGGCUGAUUUCGAUGCAAUAUACCCGGAGGAGCCGGAGCCCGAGGAGAAUAUAGAGGAGACUCAUGUGACGUUAGUGCCUGACCCUAUCAUCGUCCGCGGGGCUGGGAAUAUGACAGUGUUUGGUCUGAGCAACCGCUUCAAUUAUGAAUUUCCCUCGGGGCUCCAGUCUCGUGUCGCUCCAGAGGAGUACCAAGCGACGAUCGCCCGUAUCAACAGUGUGCUGAAGAAGACGUUACCAGUAAAUGUGAAAUGGCUGUUCUGCGGCUGCGUAUGCUGUUGCUGCACGUUUGGAUGCUCUCUAUGGCCAGUUAUAUGCCUCAGUAAAAGAACGCAACACUCGCUCAACAAGCUACUAGAGUGGGAGAACAGCCGCUUAUACCACAAGCUCGGGCUGCGCUGGCGCCUCACCAAACAGCACUGUGAUUCCUCGUCCAUGAUGGAGUAUGUACUUCUAAUAGAAUUUAUACCAAAAAUACCGAUAUACAGGCCCGACUAGACAUAUCCCGUGUCGUUAUCGCUUCAAUCUCAAGCAGGAUGUUAAUCCAAACAAUAUUUUACCGAAAAUCACAUGGCAUCCUAUCUAGGCUUGUUAUACUAAAGGUGACUUUUCGAUAUUUGCCACAACCGUGACCGACAACGAUUCAAAUAAAUUACUUUAUGACAUAGGAUAAAGGUUUCAUUUUCUGCCGAAAUUGGUCUACCGUGCCGCCGCUGUUUUGUAGUGGCGUACAGCAUAUUGAAACCUAUAUCACAGGGUUUCUCAAACUUUCGGCUCCACGUACCCCCGUUUUUCCAGGUGACAGCGAACCUCUUACUUAUAUUGAAAUCCUCCCCCUCCUCCCCUUUAGAAAGGGAAAUUCACCGCUUUGCGUGAGAGUUCGAAAUACUCUGCCCAAAAAUCUAUCAAAGACAUCCUUUUGAAACCAAGUUGAAGAGUU